GGACGCGGGCGCGCUUUCCCGGUCUCGCGCGGCGUGUACGCGCCCGCCCGGAGCCGCUCGCCGCGCCGUUACUCCGGACAAGGACCGCGCAGGCAGGGCGCCGGCCGAGCCCUCCGCCCCUCGCGUCGCCGCGAGCCGGGUUUUAUUUUAGUUGCUGUUUUUAAUCAUUAUAGAGGAAAACACUGAACUUUGAAAAAAAUGUUGGAAACUGUAGACAAAAAUCGGGCCCUACAGGCAGCAGAACGCUUGCAAGCCAAGCUCCGAGAACGUGGGGAUGUAGCAAAUGAAGACAAACUAAGCCUUCUGAAAUCAGUGCUGCAGAGCCCUCUCUUCAGUCAGAUUCUGAAUCUACAGGCCUCUGUGCAGCAGCUGAAAGACCAGGUAAACAUUGCAACUUCAGCAACUUCAAAUGUUGAGUAUGCCCAUAUUCCUCAUCUCAGCUCCUCUGUAAUUCCUACUCUCCAAAAUGAGUCAUUUCUGUUAUCCUCAAAUAGUGGGAAUCAAGAGGCACUUACAGGAUCUGGUACUCCACAUAUCAAUGGGAAACCUGUUUGUGAUGAAUUUGAUCACUUGAUCAAAAAUAUGGCUCAGGGUCGCCAUGUAGAAGUUUUCGAACUCCUCAAACCUUCCUGUGGAGGCCUUGGAUUUAGUGUUGUGGGGCUCAGGAGUGAAAACCGGGGACAGCUGGGAAUCUUUGUGCAGGAAAUACAGGAGGGCAGUGUGGCUCACAGAGAUGGAAGACUGAAGGAAACUGACCAGAUCCUUGCUAUCAAUGGACAGGCACUUGACCAGACAAUUACACAUCAGCAGGCAAUCAGCAUCCUGCAGAAGGCCAAAGACACUGUCCAGCUAGUCAUCGCAAGGGGCUCUGUGCCUCAGGUCAGCAGCCCCAGUGUGUCCCCCACUCCAUCUGCAGCCAGCACAAUUUCAGCUCAUUCUAACCCAGUUCACUGGCAGCAUGUAGAAACUAUUGAAUUGGUGAACGAUGGGUCAGGUCUGGGAUUUGGCAUCAUCGGAGGAAAGGCAGCUGGUGUGAUAGUCAAAACCAUUCUGCCCGGAGGAGUUGCUGAUCAGCAUGGACGAUUAUGCAGUGGAGACCACAUUCUAAAGAUUGGUGACACUGAUUUGGUGGGAAUGAGCAGUGAGCAAGUAGCACAAGUCCUGAGGCAAUGUGGAAAUAGGGUUAAAUUGAUGAUUGCAAGAGGUGCCGUUGAAGAAACUACAACACCCACCUCCCUGGGCAUCACCCUCUCCUCCUCAUUUUCUACACCAGAGAUGCAGGUUGAUGCUUCUACUCAGAAAAGUGAAGAAAGUGAAACAUUUGAUGUGGAACUCACUAAAAAUGUUCAAGGAUUAGGAAUUACUAUUGCUGGUUAUAUUGGAGAUAAAAAAUUAGAACCAUCAGGAAUUUUUGUAAAGAGCAUUACAAAAAGCAGUGCUGUUGAACAUGAUGGAAGAAUCCAAAUUGGAGACCAAAUUAUAGCAGUAGACGGCAUCAACCUUCAAGGGUUUACCAAUCAGCAAGCAGUGGAGGUGUUGAGACACACAGGACAGACUGUGUGCCUGACACUCAUGAGGAGAGGAAUGAAGCAGGAGACAGAGCCCCUGUGCCGAGGGGACAUCAUGAAAGACGCAGAUGUGUCUCUGGCUAAUGCCAGCAUGAGCAGAGAAAAUUAUGAAAAAGAUGAAGAUUCUUUAUCUUUGAGGAGAAAUAUUAGCAUGUUACCAAUUGAAGAAGAAGGGCAUCCGGUGCUCUCAGGUGAGGGACAAGAAACUGAAGAUGCAGGAGAAGCUGCGAUGCUGACCAAGUGGCAGAGGGUCAUGGGAAUUAACUAUGAAAUAGUGGUGGCUCAUGUGAGCAAGUUUAGUGAGAACAGUGGACUGGGGAUAAGUCUGGAAGCAACAGUGGGACAUCACUUUAUUCGGUCUGUUCUGCCAGAAGGUCCUGUUGGACACAGUGGGAAGCUCUUCAGUGGAGAUGAGCUCUUGGAAGUGAAUAACAUAACUUUGCUUGGGGAAAAUCAUCAAGAUGUGGUCAAUAUUUUAAAAGAAUUGCCUAUAGAAGUGACAAUGGUAUGCUGUCGUCGAACUGUGCCUCCCAUCACCCAGUCAGAAUUGGACGGCCUGGACUUAAGUGACAUUGAGCUAACAGAAAAGCCUCAUGUUGACCUUGGCGAGCUCAUCGGGUCCUCGGAGACAGAAGACCCAGUGCUGACAGUGACUGCCAUGGGUCAGGACACAGAGGAGGCGCACACAACUUUGGCCAUGUGGGAGGCUGGCAUUCAGCACAUAGAGCUGGAGAAAGGGAGCAGAGGCCUUGGUUUUAGCAUUUUAGAUUAUCAGGAUCCAGUUGACCCAGCAAGCACUGUGAUUGUUAUUCGUUCCUUGGUGCCCGGUGGCAUCGCGGAAAAGGAUGGACGACUUCUUCCGGGAGACCGCCUCAUGUUUGUCAAUGACGUUAACCUGGAGCACAGUAGUCUGGAAGAGGCUGUGGAGGCCCUAAAGGGGGCAUCGCCUGGAGCUGUGAGGAUUGGAGUGGCCAAGCCUUUACUGCUGUCACCAGAAGAAGGUUAUAUCUCUGCUAAGGAGGAGUACUUUCUUUACUCGCCGCUCUCCUGCAAGGAGCACAGUCUGCCUGCCAAAGCCCUCUGCAGGGCUGACUUGGCUCUGGUGGAUACACAGAAUGCUGAAAUGGUAGAUGAAUCCACAUUUGAGUCACAAUACUCUCCUGAUAACGACAGUGUCUACUCUACCCAAGCCUCUGUCUUGUCUUUUCAUGGCAGUGCCUGCAGCGAUGGUCUGAGCUAUGAGCCCUCCCUUGCAUCAUCUCCUCCCAAGCAGGAUGUUGAUGAAAAUGCUUCCAAUCCAGUACAUGAUCUGCACAUGUCUUUGGAAGAACUGUAUGCCCAAAGUCUCCUGCAAAGGCAGGAUGAGAAUCCACCUUCGAUAAACUUAAGCCUGGGAUCUGCUUCUGGUGUUGCCAUAAACAAUUAUACACCUGGAAAUACUAUCGAACAAUAUGGACAUGAAAACACGAUAGCUUGGACUGAAUCUCAGUUACCACGUGAAGUUGUAUCAGGUUCAGAACUGCCUUCUACUGUGGUACCUGAUUCAGCUGGGCAGAGCUCUGAGUACUUAAUUGAACAGAGCUCUCUGGCCUCUAGUGACAAGUGUGUCAUGCUAGAAAAUAUGUCCAAAGAAUCUUUUGAGAGGACUAUUACUAUAGCAAAAGGCAAUUCUAGCCUAGGGAUGACUGUCAGUGCUAAUAAAGAUGGCUUGGGGAUGAUUGUUCGAAGCAUUAUUCAUGGAGGUGCUAUUAGUCGAGAUGGCCGGGUUGCCGUUGGGGACUGCAUUUUGUUCAUUAAUGAAGAAUCUACCAUUAGUUUAACCAGUGCCCAAGCACGAGCCAUGUUAAGAAGACAUUCUCUCAUUGGGCCUGACAUAAAAUUUUCUGCAGCACCUGCUGACGAGCGAGCCCCCUUUUAUGUAAUUACUUAUGUGCCUGCAGAACAUUUGGAGGAGUUCAGAAUAAAUGUGGGGCAACAGUCUGGAGGAAUAAUGGCACUGGAUAUUUUUUCUUCAUAUACUGGCGGAGAAAUUCCAGAACUACCAGAGCGAGAAGAGGGGGAAGGAGAAGAGAGUGAACUUCAAAAUGCAGCGUACAGCAACUGGAAUCAGCCCAGGAGGGUUGAACUUUGGAGAGAACCAAGCAAAUCCUUGGGCAUCAGCAUUGUUGGCGGACGAGGGAUGGGGAGUCGUCUGAGCAGUGGUGAAGUGAUGAGGGGCAUUUUCAUCAAGCAUGUUCUCGAGGACAGUCCAGCCGGGAAAAACGGGACCUUGAAGCCUGGAGACAGGAUAGUAGAGGUGGAUGGAAUGGACCUCAGAGAUGCAAGCCAUGAACAAGCUGUGGAAGCCAUUCGGAAAGCAGGCAACCCAGUAGUCUUUAUGGUACAGAGCACUAUAAACAGACCAAGGAAAUCCCCUUUGCCUUCCUUGCCGCACAACCUUUACCCUAAGUACAACUUCAGCAGCACUAACCCAUUUGCUGACUCUCUCCAGUUCACCGCUGACAAGGCACCCAGCCACUCAGAGCCAGAGUCAGAGAAGGCUCCAGUGUGUGAUGUUCUUCGGCCCUCUUCCCCAGCAUUUGCAGAAAUGGGCAGUGAUCAUGCACAGACAUCUGCAGGCAUGAUCUCAGAGGAUGUGGACAAAGAGGAUGAGUUUGGUUACAGCUGGAAAAAUAUCAGGGAGCGUUAUGGAACCCUGACAGGCAAGCUCCAUAUGAUUGAACUAGAGAAAGGGCAUAGUGGUCUGGGCCUAAGUCUUGCUGGGAACAAAGACCGAACCCGAAUGAGUGUCUUUAUAGUGGGAAUUGAUCCAAACGGAGCAGCGGGAAGAGAUGGUCGACUGCAGAUCGCGGAUGAGCUUCUAGAGAUCAAUGGUCAAAUUUUAUAUGGAAGAAGUCAUCAAAAUGCCUCAUCAAUUAUUAAAUGUGCCCCUUCAAAAGUAAAAAUAAUUUUUAUCAGAAAUAAAGACGCAUUGAGUCAGAUGGCUGUAUGUCCCGGAAAUACGGUAGAAUCUUUGCUUUCCUCAGACAAUCUUCAGAAUAAGAAGGUGGAACCCAGUAUUCCUGCUUCUGAUCCAGUUGCAGACCUCAGUUCACUUAAAAAUGUGCGGCAUCUGGAGCUUCCCAAGGAUCAGGGGGCUUUGGGCAUUGCCAUCAGUGAAGAAGACACACUCAGUGGAGUUGUCAUAAAAAGCUUAACAGAGCACGGGGUGGCAGCCAAGGAUGGACGCCUCAGAGUUGGAGAUCAGAUCUUAGCUGUGGAUGAUGAAGUUGUUGUUGGCUAUCCUGUUGAAAAGUUUAUUGAUCUGCUGAAGACAGCAAAGAGGACAAUAAAACUGACCGUUCAGGCUGAGGCUCCAGAUUCCCAGACUUUUCCCGAAGCAGCUGGUGCCGCCAGUGGAGAAAAACCGCACAGUGCGUCUCCCUUGGUCCUGCAGUCUGGCUCCCCGGAACCGGAAGCAGAGUCCCUCCUAAGUACAAGCAGGUCUUCAACACCAGCGAUCUUUGCUUCUGAUCCUGCAACCUGCCCCAUUAUCCCUGGUUGUGAAACAACAAUUGAGAUUUCCAAAGGGCGAACAGGGCUGGGCCUAAGCAUUGUCGGGGGGUCUGACACACUGCUGGGCGCCAUUAUCAUCCAUGAAGUUUACGAAGAAGGAGCAGCAUGUAAAGACGGAAGACUCUGGGCUGGAGAUCAGAUUUUAGAAGUGAAUGGCACUGACUUGAGAAAGGCCACCCAUGAUGAAGCAAUCAAUGUCCUGAGACAGACGCCCCAGAGAGUGUGCCUGACACUCUACAGAGAUGAGGCUCCGUACAGAGAGGAAGACAUGUGUGACACCCUCACUGUUGAGCUGCAGAAGAAGCCAGGAAAAGGCCUAGGAUUGAGCAUUGUUGGUAAAAGAAACGAUACUGGAGUUUUUGUGUCAGAUAUUGUUAAAGGCGGAAUUGCAGAGGCUGAUGGGAGACUGAUGCAGGGAGACCAGAUUCUCACAGUGAAUCGAGAAGACGUCCGUCAUGCCACCCAGGAAGCCGUUGCUGCUUUGCUGAAGUGUUCCCUAGGCACAGUGACCCUGGAAGUGGGAAGAAUCAAAGCUGGUCCGUUUCACUCAGAGAGGAGGCCUUCUCAAAGCAGCCAGGUUAGUGAAAGCAGCCUGUCAUCUUUCACUCUUCCACUUUCUGAAACAUGUGCAUCUGAGACACAGGAAUGUAGCUCGAAGAGGAACGCAUUGGCAUCUGAAAUACAGGGAUUAAGAACAGUUGAAAUAAAAAAGGGCCCUGCUGACUCCCUAGGAAUCAGCAUUGCGGGAGGCGUGGGCAGCCCCCUUGGUGACGUCCCUGUAUUUAUCGCAAUGAUGCACCCGAAUGGCGUGGCUGCCCAAACCCGGAAACUCAGAGUUGGAGAUAGGAUUGUCACUAUCUGUGGCACAUCCACUCAGGGAAUGACUCACACUCAAGCAGUGAACAUACUGAAAAAUGCCUCUGGCUCCAUUGAAAUGCAGGUGGCUGCUGGAGGGGACGUGAGUGUGGUCACAGGUCAUCAGCAGGAGCCCGCUGGUUCUAGUCUUUCUUUCUCAGGGCUGCCGUCAAGCUCCGUAUUUCAGGAUGAUUUAGGACCUCAAUGUAAGUCCAUUACACUAGACCGGGGACCAGAUGGUUUGGGGUUCAGUAUAGUAGGAGGGUACGGCAGCCCUCAUGGAGACCUACCCAUUUAUGUUAAAACAGUGUUUGCAAAGGGAGCAGCAGCAGAAGAUGGGCGCCUAAAAAGGGGUGAUCAGAUCAUUGCUGUCAACGGACAGAGCCUGGAAGGGGUAACCCACGAAGAAGCUGUUGCUACCCUUAAGCGAACAAAGGGCACUGUCACUUUGAUGGUUCUAUCCUGAAUUGGCAGCCAGCGCUGAACCAACUCAACCCCCUGCUUCCUUUGUGUACUAUUAGGAAAAUGGGAUGAUCUUAAACGUGACUUUUCCUGUCCUGUGUUCUUAAAAAUCAUAGUGGAAAAACAAUACUUAAGUUUGUUUUUCUCAUAUGGGAAUGUUUUUCUUACUGACAACCUAAUAGCAUUUUUCCUCGUCUUUUGCAUUUUGUGAAGCUAAACAUGCAGAGAAACAUUUUACAGAUAAAUCCAGUUUUUCUUUUGAGGAUACAUAAGGUUUUGUAGUCACAUGAACAAAAAUUAUUAAAGAGAAAGGAAAUCUUGUUAAAGGAGAAAGAAAAGUCAUUCUAAAUCUAACCAUGAAAAAUAGUUUCAGUAAAUUAGGGCGAAAAAUAAAAAUGCACAAAAAGGAAAAAAAUCUUAUGGAGUUUUAUAAAAAUCCCUCAAUUUGGCAGUUUAUCUCCUGACCCCACACCAGACUUAAAAAAUAUUGAAAAUCUUAAUAAAUACUCUCAGUAUUUUAAUAUUUUGAAUAUUAUAUAAAAUUGCAUCUCACUACCUCUAGUAUACACACAUAUUUUUCCUGCUAAAAUUGUUUUCUAUGAUUAAGUAAAUAGCACAUAUACAAAACAGUGUUCUAGGUAUUGUAAAAUCAUACCUAAUGCACAUUCUCAGUGUUCAUUUCUGACCUCUUAUAAAAUAUUUUCAUGUUGCUAUAGUAAAAUGAUGAUACUACCCCAUUUUGACAGUAGUUUUCCUUUAAGCAACCAAGCUAACCAUGGGGGAACAUACUUUCCAAGAAUCUUUUAAUGUUGGUUUUCACAAUUGGUGCAACACUGAAAAUGUCUUAGUGCACUGUGCAUUAGGUUUACUAUUAAUCUUAAUGACAAAGGAAAAAGCAAUAUGUCAGUAAUUAUUUUGGUUCUAUGCCAUUAGUAAAUUGGUACAGAAAUUAAGGGGAUUAACAUGACUUCAGCUCAUUGCUUUAUAUUAAUGUCUUAUAAUACAAUAGUUUAAGACUAAAGGAAACAGAUGGAAUUGUUUAUUGAGACAACUGGUGAGGAAUUAUCGUGUUCAUUCCCAUUUUAGGCGUGAAACUCCUACAUUAGAAUAUAUAAAAUCACUUUAAAUAUCUAUAUUUGUAACAGAAGUAGUGUACAGUUUUUUAUUGCAGCAUUUUUGUGUAAAUGCAGAAUUAAAGUGAAUAAGUAAGAUUUGUUGUUGGGUAGCUCCUUUUAGAAAUGGCUUGCCAAAUAGUUGCCAGGUCCUUCUUGUCUCGAACAUAAAAUUGAACAAGACAAGCGAAAAUGGUGACAAAGUUUAUUUGAAAAGUGAAGGUAGAGGGUGAGGAAGAAACUGACUCUGCAGAGUGAACUUGGGCCAAACAAAAGAGCAGAAAAGUUAAAAGCAAAACUAAAAGUACACCCUGGGGGACACAGGGUGGGUUAUUGGGAAGAGGCAAGCGAGCUCUUCAUGGCGUCUGUGUCCUUUUCUGCAGUCUGUCCGUAUCUCAGGAACCUGGAAGAACUUUACUUAGGAGGUCCUAAGAGGUGGUGCUGUGUUGAUUCUGGGAUCCCACCCUACCUUCCUUCCCAGCCAGUCUAAGCCAUGCCCUGUCUCCUAUCCCAGGUUCAGUGGUACACAAACAGAAAUGAAAGCUUUUUUGUUUUUCUGCUAGGGGAAAAAACUUUAUUGUUCAACACUCACUAUUUAAAAUUUUUUUCUCAUGUCUAACUAUAAAUAUACUAUCCAUGCAUGCAAUUAGAAAAAAACUGGACAUCAUUAGGAAAAGUUCAGUGUUUUUUACCUUGACAGUAUUUUCUAACACUGAAAGUUCAUAGAUUCCUUGUAGAGUGGAGGAAGAUGACAUUAUGAGAAGACAGGCAACCUCCCUAUGUAUAUUUUUCUAGGAUCCUCUUAAUGUAGUGAUAUCAAUAGUUUUUCUUAGGUUAGUAAAGAGCUGAAGUAUAUUCAGAUAGAAACAAUCAUGAUGAAAUUUAUUCUAAUAAACAUGAAAAGUCAAAUUUGAACACUGAGCCAAGAAUUUGGGAACAUUUGUCCAACUAGUUCUGUCCCAAAUUAACCAAUGAGAAUAUACAUUCCCUCUGACUCAUCUCAAGUGUCAAAUAAUAGGUUAUUUGAUCAGUAAGCUUGUAUUCUAAAAUGUAAGAAAGUACUUCUUAUAUAAGAAUACAAGAAUUCUGUGACUAUAGCUUAAAAUGAAUGGAAAAAUGUGUAUUGCAACAAUUCAGGAGGUAUUUAAGCCAUCAUGUAAAUUGAGGUGUUCAGUGUAAGAAAAUUCACUUGACUAUCCCCGUGACAUCCAUUUUCUUAGCUGUCACCUCCUGGUCCUCUUAUGCUGGAAUGUUUUCACAGUAAGCUCCUGGAAACCAAACCAAUCACAUUUGGAAGUUUGAACAGGUAAAGGUUUUUAUACUGGUAGAUACUAUGUAUCAAUAUUGGAUGGGAGAAAGUCAACUGAUCACAUUUAAGUUUGAGUAAAUAUGUGGGAGUACCACCAAAGAAAACAGUUUCUUGGGUGUCUGUCCUAGCUUAAAUAGUGCCUCCUCAGAUCCAUGUCCACCUGGUACCUCAGAAUGUGACCUUUGGAGAUAUCUUUGCAGAUACAAUAAAAGUGGUACUAGCUUAGGGAUUUCCUUUUAAGAAGGCUGUAUGCAGACGUGGAGACCAUAUGAAGGCCAUGUGAUGAGGGAAGCAUAAAAAACAAGCUGAGGACUUAGGGCUGCCAGAAACUGUGGAAGCAAGGAUUUUUCCUAGACACUUUAGAGGAAGCUUGGCCUUGUUGAUGCCCAUAUUUCAAACUUCUGCCCUCCAGGGCUAGGAGAGAAUAUAUUUCUAUUGCUUCAUGCCACCAGUUUGUGCUACUUUGUUACAGAUGCUGGGAAACUAAUCCUAAACUGUAUCAUGAGUUACUGUCCUUGUCCUGGCUAAGAAGAGAUAAUUGCUAUUUACCAAGUCAAAGCACAUGAAAGAAAAGGGAAAGAAAGGAAGAAGGAAAGGAGAGACUUUGAAAGGAAAAAACUAUAGAUUCAUCAGCAUUGGAGAGAAGAAUGGCUUAUGUUUCCUGUAUUAUUUUCUGGAAAUGUAAGAGCUUUCAGUGUAAAGGAAAAAAUGCUUGAGCAGAGAGUUUAAAUAGACUUUAACAUUGACUGGUGUUAAUGAUAUGUACAACCCAAAUGGAUCAAUAUAGUUGUUUUUUGUAUUGAAUCAAUCUGGAGCGUAUCACAGAUACUCCAGAAACUCAAUACUCCAGAAAGAUAAUAAUAGCAAUAAUAAAAUGUUUCUUUUUAGCCUGACUGAUUCAUAGCAACAAAGGUAGAAAGGAUGCCUAAAAAGUCAGCAGAAUCCGUACAUCAGAACAGUGAUGGAGUUUACAGAAAAAGAUUAAGUAUCAUGAAGGUGAAGACAAGGAAGGGAGAUUUUAUUCAUCUUAAAAAUCUCGACAAAGGAGAUCUUGCUGGACAUGAGGAAGCAGAUGAGUUCUUUCCUGCUCUGAGGCACCGGGUACUGAGUCUUCUUAGGACAGGGCACCCACUUCCUGAAUGCCUGCUGGGCAGUGAUUGUGCAUUCCCCUUCAGAUCUCAGAGUGAACAGAGAAGAUGAAAGGAUUCCUGCAGGGAGACGAGAGUAAAUACGCUUUUUUAAAGUGUGGGGGUGUAAAAAAUAUCACCUUCUUUCAGCAGCCCUGGUGUGUUGUUUCAUGUCCAUGACACACAUUCUGAAAUGCAUUUGAUUUGUGCAAAGAUGUUCCUCAACUUUGUCUACUAGGAAUGAGUGUUUAAUUUUGUCCCCUGCAAAAGUGAGCUGUCCAUAAAGCAGAAUUGUCUUGUGUUACCUAUUGGCACCAAGAGUAUUUCUGAAUAAAACAGUAUGAAAACUAGGGAAAAAGAUAUUUUUAAAGUGAUUUUUAUAUGUUCUUAAAAUGAUUUUUGCAGCUUUAUUUCUUUCAAAAUACAAGUAUUCUGUAUUGUCCAUUUAAAUGUAAGCCAUAAGAAAAAAAUAUUUUAUUUGUCUAAGCAGUUGUUAAGUACUAAAAGUUCUGUAGUAGGCCCUAAGAAAAAUUGUGUGAGAAGAAGGUGAGCCUAUGGUAACAAUCUCAGAACAGUCCCACUGAAGAUCUUUCUUGAAGUUUUUGAGAGUAUGACACCAUCCAAAGAUUGGCUUUAUCACAAGCUUCACCUUGUUCUUUUAACGUUGAACAUUUUGUGAGAAAAUUGCCUUUUGUGAACACAUCAUGAUCUUUUUCCUUCCCCUGCCCUCCUCCACCUGAUGUGCAUCUGUUCAGAAACAAGAGUUAUCCUCAGAAAACACUGUUUUCUAAAAAUUACGAUUUUUUUAAUGAGUCUACCUUGAAAUACUGAGCAUUCAAGUUUCAUUCCUCUAAAUUUAACCUAAAAUACUUUAUUGCAUUCCAUGAAACUUGCAGAUUUACUUUGAUCGGGAAAUAGCUAUAUGUAAACUAUUAACACCAUGUACAGAAUAAAAUACCAAGAAAUUGUUGGAAUCAUAUUUGUAUUAUCCUAGAAGACAGGGAGUAAUAUAAAUUUAAUAUUUUCUGUAAAUAGUUUUUAUUUUUGUGCAAUUAUGUCUUUUUCCUCCAAAGUUGGAUGCAAAUCAACUUGUACUAAACUUUCCAAAAUUUCUACCUUUUUGGUUACAACCUUCAUGUUUCCCAUCUUCUUGUAACUGCAGUAUUAAUUAUUAAAUAUUUUUCUUCAAAUAUUUUUAACACAGAUGAUCUUAAAUUGUAUCUCACUUGUAUGGAAAACCAGUAUUAUUUGCAAUGAAUACAAAAUAACUAUGAGAAAAAGCAUAAGCUCAAAAAUUCUACUAAGAUAGUGUUGUCUAUCAGUGGUCGUAACUUGAGGCCUGGUCUCUGGUAGAAGGGGAUAAUUAGAAAUGUUAGCAUGGUGUCAGCAACUUCAUGAGGCUUUCCUGAGCUGAGAAGAACAGAAGUUGUUUACUUUUUCCAGUGUCUGCUGAUGCCUUGCCAGGGCCAACAGACGUGAUGAUCGUGUGAUGCGCUCCCUCUCUGGAAAAGUCAUUAUACCAAAAUGAGAGUUGGGUUUGCAGGACUCCUUUUCUUAAAAUAUGAAAAAUUUCCAGUUAAUUCUUGUUCUUAAAUGUAUACUUAACAACAGAAAUUGUUUAAGAAUUUGCUCAUAAUAUAAGGAUUUUACCAAUGUCAGAAUUAUGUUGCUAUGUCCAGCGUUUUACUUUUGGCAAUUUAAGUUUGAAAUAAAGGACAAAUGACAUAAA